AUGUUCCUCGCAGUUGAGGCACAGCGCCACUUCAUGCGGAUGCAAGAGUCCGGUGACGUCUCAGGUGAGAAUCUGGAGCGCAUGUUCUGCCAGCUCUCUGCGGAAGAAGAGGUUCUGGGGGAAGAGCUUCUCCUUGAGCUUGAAGAACAUGUUCGACUCAGUGAGGAGCUCGCAAACACGCGCAGGGACGCCUUGGAAAGAUACAGGCUCUGUCAGGAGGAGCUGGAGGAUUUGCGCAUCUCUGUUCAGGAGGAACAGGAUGAGGAGGAGUCGGCUGGGGCUCGCCUGAUGGCGAAAAGACUCCGAACCUCUUCGAUCACAGAUGAUGAGGAGGGCCUGGUGCAGGAGCUUGUCAAGUCAGAGGCCGCGGAGGUUGAGGAGAUCGCUCGCUUGGAGCGGCUGGCCGCCUUCGAGGCAGACCUGGGCCUACCAAGGAUUCAGUUCUUCGAGCGCGACGGAUUGAUCCUCCUGAGCAGGGCCGGCGCAUUGGCAUCGGAAGGCUCGUCCUCGCACAUCAGUGCGAAGGCCGUGCUCCUCCGCCUCACCUGA